AUGAAUGCACAGAAGUCACGCGUUGCAUGUAUGUCAAAUAAGUUUAAAAACAUAAGAGAAAUAGGUGAGGAUACAUAUCAAGUGAUGCUUAAAGAUAGAUUUUAUAGAUGUGAUACAUGUUUACAAGAGGCAUUCUUCACUUUAGAUAACGCAAAAUACUGGUAUUUGGUUUUCAUUUAUGAUUUUAUGUAUAAAUGCAUGAAUCUUAAUCGUUUUCAUUUCAUUGAAGGUGAUACUGAUUCAUCUUAUUGGGCUAUUGCUGGCGAUCCAAGUCUUCCUAACACUCAAGCAUUUCAGGCGAUUGUUACCGAUAAAAAAUUUUAUGAUAAAAACAUUUUCAAAUUCGCACCAUUUGAUUUCUUCUGUUUUGAUGAGAAAUUUAAACCUAAAUUAAAGAAUAAAGCUGAAGAAAAAGCACAUGAGAAAAAAUUAUUGGGUUUAGCAAUUGAGAAACAAGGUGAUAACAUGGUUGCUUUAUGUCCUAAGUGUUAUACAUCAUUCAACGGUUCAAUUGAUGGGGGUGAUUUUAAAAAGAUUGCACAAAAAAUGAAGGGUGUUAGUUUAAGACAAAAUAAACAAUUAACACCCAAAAAUUAUUUGGAUAUAAUAAAUGAUAAAGUGAUAUUUGAUGGUCAGAAUAUUAAUUUACAACUUAAAAACGGGUCAAUGACUCGCUUAACAAUUGGUAAGACUGCAUUAACAGGAGCACACACUAAGGCUGUAUGUUGUGAAAAUGGAUGUUGUAUGCCAUUUAUUUAA